CCAUUAUCAGUCCAGUCUUGAAUCGAGUAACGAUUAUUCCACCCGGUACGACGGAACAUUCACCCUAAUUUAGCUGGCGAACGAUCGAAGAAGAGCAGCAAGGUGGUCAGACGGGAUUCCCAUCGUAGCUAUUCUUGACCAGACCAGGCUAAUAUUGAAUCCACUCAAUUACUUCCAGCUACAAUUUUCAGUAAGGACCAAGAUUCUAUCGUUCGCUCGAUUACAUCUCCCGCCCCCCGGAUAUAUUAUCGUUACGCGAUGCGGCCUUCACCAAGGCCCAAGCUACUAAUCCUUUGUUUGCAAAGAUAUUCUGAGCCAAGAAAACCAGUUCUUCUUUUACUACUGCACUUCAACCAUGAAGGUAGUAGUGCAGUGUGCGUGUACACAUACGUUGUUACUCUUUUUACCAAGAAGACGCACCGUUGUGUGUUGUAAAUUGCAAGCGAAAACCGGGAAACGAUAAAAUCCUCGUAAUCACGAUUAUUACGAGGACUUGGAUAGGCCGUGGAUGAGGGUGGAAAGGAAGGAAGGAAGGAAGGAAGAAAGGAAAAAAAGAAAAGGAGUAAGAGGUGAGAAAAAUGCAAAAGAGAAAAAAAGAUUAGGUAGGAAGGAGGAGAGGAGAAAAAAAAAGGAAGAGGACGGUAGGCGCCGUGUCUCGAAGAUGUUAAAAGGGUGGAAGACUUGCUUGCAACGAUGUUGCUGCGAGUGCAGAUUUAUGAACGAGAAUAUAUCCGAUUAUUUGAACUUGAGAGAAUUAGAAAAAGGAUAAAAAUGAUUAGCAUGGACCGAUUUCACAGCAUUUAUUCUCAGCAUUUAUUAUAUAUGAUAGCGAAGUUACAAAAAUAAAGGAGUGAGAAAAGUCGAUAAAAGUUUUCAUUAAAAAGAAUUUAAAGAGGAGAGAGAGAGAGAGAAAGAAUUAAAUAAGGCAUGUUUAUUUAUCAUUAUUCUUCACGUUCAUUAUUUUAUUUACACGCGUGCGUAAGUACGUUUAUUGUUUAGAUGCGAUACGUACCGCAACGAUCAAGGUCAUGUUGCUUUUUAUUCGCCCGGAGAAGGAGAGGAACACGAAGAAGACGAAAAGGACGAAGGAGAGAAAGAAGAUACGGGGUUAAAAAUAGCCUCUCUCGGUGCAAAAUAAAAACUAACUGAGAUGACCACCGAGCGAUGGACGUAUAAGAAGAAAAAGAAAAGGAGAAGGAAGAAGGAAAAGAAGAAGAAGAAGAAGAAGAAGACGAAGAGAAGAACGAAGGAGGUGCAUGAGUCGGGAUAAAAAGAAGAGAAUAUCAAAAACAAGGACCGUAAGGGGUCCGAGAUGGAGGAUGGUAAAGAAAAAGAAGUAGAGUGAGAAAGAAAGGGGAGAGAAAAUAAGUUCCUCUUGCUAUUUUAACUCACUAGGAUAAUAUAUCCCUCCUCCCUCCCUAUAAAUAUGGUUAUUUUUUUGUUGAACUCGCCAUAAUAAAAAAGAAGAAAAAAAGAAAAAAAAAAAAAGAAAAAAAGAAAAGAGCAUAUGCGAGUUUAGUGGUUGUGUAAAAGUAUACCCGGAGGAAUCAUUUCUCAGCACCCUUCGUUUCUUCUUACUCGUGCUUGUUUCAUCAACGAUCGCACGAAACGCAAGUAGCCAGUCCUCUUCAUCCUCAUCGCGUCUAUCUACGUUCUCCUCUUCGCGGGAUUCCAGAAGCUCUUUAGAAUAGAUCGUAGGCGCCAGUCGAUGAGGACGUUCGUGCACGCGAACACCACGACGAAGAGCACCAACGACGGAGAUGGCGAUGGUGUUUCUCCGUAAAUGAAGAAGAAGAGGAGUAUUUUCCUUCUCUCUUCUCUCUUCUUCUUCUUCCUCUUCUUCUUCUUCUUUCCUUCCUUCUAUUCUUUUCCUUCUCCUCUUGUUCUUUUUUUUUCCCCCUUUCUUCGUCUCUGGAGUCAACGUAAUGCCUGGACGGCUAUGCGACGCUGCUGUUGGCCGAGGUAACGCGGCCGAGGGCAACCUUCGGCCGUUCUCAGACAGGGCCGAGGAUUGAAGGAAAAAGAAGAGGGAGCCGCCGGGAGAGUUGGAACGGGUUCUCUCCUCCGGGCCGGGUGCGCAGUCCAGUCGAAGACUCACGAUGAUAGUGAACGCCCGAUGAAGAAUCUUCCCCCCGUCCAACAGAACGAAGAGACAGUCCGCGACUGCCCCGUCGAACUCGAGCGCCCCAGUUGGGCGAUUUCAUUAGCGAAACACAGAGUUAGAAUCGAUCCGAUCGAUUUCCCGUUAUUACGACAACAACAGCAGCAGCAGCAGCAGUAGCAACGACAAUGACAACGACUAAGACAACGAGGAAUGUUAGCGGCAAAACGAAGAUGAUACCACCGGACGGGGGGUGGGGUUGGGUCGUGUUGACCUCAGCCCUUAUUGUCAACUUCCUUAUCCCUGGAACCGUCAAAUCCUUCGGCGUUCUCUUCGUCGAAUUCCUUCACGUUUUCAAGGCAUCGCCAACAGCAGCCUCUUGGAUGCCGGCUCUCUGUUAUUUUCUCUACAACUCUUUGGGUCCCUUGUCGAGUGUUCUCUCUACCAAGUAUUCUUAUAAAACCGUGACAUUAAUUGGCGGCACCUUUGCCGCUACUGGAAUGAUGCUCAGCUAUUUUGCUAAUUCCGUUUCUUAUCUCUAUGUUAGUUAUGGUCUGAUGGUCGGAAUCGGCGCUGGUUUAUCCUUUCCACCAACGAUUUACAUCGUCACAGCGUAUUUCCAGAGGCUACGUGGUUUUGCAAACGGUCUCUGCAUUUCCGGGAGCGCGAUUGGGACUAUAGUGUUACCACCGCUUCUUCAAUAUCUUCUUGACUGUUUUGGAUAUAGAGGUGCGGUACUUAUUAUGGGUGCUUUAACAUUGAACACGCUAGUUUGUGCUUUGCUCUAUCAUCCGGUCGAACAACAUAUGAUAGCCGUUCCCAUAGAGGAAGGAAUCGAUAACGAAGCUUUAAGCUUGGACGAACCGAUCGACGAAAAACGUCAAUCGAUCGAUCCGGCGAAAUUGAAUUCGAUUGUUCAGGACGAGAAGAAUGAAAAAAUCGAAAGUACGACGAAGCAGGUACAAAAUUUAACGGAACUAUUGAAUUAUUCGAAGCUGACUACAUCCAAAGAAGAAGGAUUUGAAAAAUUGACAAAGUCGAAUGAAGAAGAGGAGCAAGAUCAAUGGAUCGUCAAGGAUCAAGUUAUAGAGGAUAUUGCUAGCGUAGACGACAAGGAAAAAGGGGAGGAUCUCCAAGAUAAAUAUGACGAAGAAAACAUUAAAGAGACUUCGAGUACGAGCGAUAGAAAGCUAGUUGAUAAAAAACAAUUCGUCACUAAUGAACCGUUCAAUUCCCGUCAGAUUAGCACAAUGUCAGAUAACGGAUCAAACGUAUUAGGAAUAUCGAUAAAAAUGCAUCUUCAGGAGGACAACGAAUCCUUGAAAUUGGACAAGCCCGUGCAAGUAGAAAUCUCAACGCCAAAGCCAUCGAAGUCCGAGACUUCAUCGACUAAGGGUGAAAGCACGAAGAAAGUAUAUCUAUCUUUUGAUUUCAGCAUGCUGAAGGAUCCGAUCUAUCUGGUCAUUUUGAUAUCAAACUCGACGUCAGCGAUCAGCAAUACAAACUUUAUGAUUCAUUUGCCAUCCUACGCAAACUCCCAAGGCUUCGAUCAAAAUUCAUCGGCUCUUUUGUUGUCCACUGUUUCAGCUCUUGAUCUUAUCGGUAGAAUAAGUGGUGCUUCUUUAUCCGAUAUAGACUUCGUACCGAAAUAUUAUUAUUUCGUCGGUGGCCUUGGAACUAGUGGGAUAGCUCUGGCGCUACUACCGAUGGCCAAUAGUUAUGGGAUGCUUUCCUUUUUCUGUGCACUAUUUGGCCUCUCUUCCGGCAUGUACAUCGGCAUCACGACCGUUAUCCUGGCUGACAUGCUUGGUACUGAUAAACUCAGUUCCUCUUAUGGAAUCUCGCUCUUUGUUAACGGUGUCCUCCAACUCGUCGGACCGCCGGUUUGCGGUGUCAUCUAUGAACACGUUGGAUCUUAUAAACCCAUUUUCUUGGCAUUCGGUAUAAUACUUAUACUGGGUACCGCUCUCUGGGCCAUUGUGCCUCUAAUCAAAAGGAACAGUAAAAAAAAGAUCGAAGAGGUAUAACGGUAUAGAAGUGUAAUUACAAACUAACCCUCACGAAUGAGAAAUAUCUUUACUCGUUCGUGUAAUUUUUGUGAUGACGUCAUUCCAAGGAAAGUAUACAAAAUAUUCGUAGAUAUAAAUGCAGGGACUACAUAAGCGUAUUAUUACAAUACUUAUAGAUAACUCAUGAGUAUGUGAAGUAUUUCACUCUCGAUUGUAAGAGAAGUGAAAAUACUUGUGAUCAGUAUUUAGCGAUUAGGAUCACAUCACGAAUCGUUUUUCGUUAAUAAUACGAUCGAUUUUUUUUUUUUUUAACAAUCGUUAGAGUCAUUGAUCAUUAAGUGGUAGAUUGCCUUCUAAAGUGACAAAAACACUUUUGUAAGACCAAUGUUAGUGUAUAUGUUUUUCCAAAUACAAGAUUUUAUCAGGCGGA